AUGCAUGAAAAAGCAGCUCCCCUGAAGAGCCCCGAGCCCAUGCACGGCCGCGAGAAACUGGAGGCAUCCCACAAGGAGAAGAGUUUGGAUUCCCUCGAUGGCAGCAUCCCCGCUGCUCCGAGCCUCCCGGUGCAGCCCGCCAGCUGGCAGUGGGCACCGGGAUCCCUCUUCAUUCUCACCCUCAAAUACCGGGGGUCACCGGAUAACUUUGCUCUGCUUCGUUUUCAGGCUGCUAGCAAGUACAACUCUCAGUACCACAAGCUGUUCAAGGACAUCCCAACAGAGGAGAGCGUGCUGAAAGUUUGCUCCUGCGCCCUCCAGAGAGACAUCCUCAUCCAGGGAAGGCUUUACAUCUCCCCCAACUGGCUCUGCUUCUACGCAAACCUCUUUGGGAAGGACAUCAAGGUUGUGAUCCCGGUGGUCUCCGUACAGCUGAUAAAAAAGCACAAGACGGCUCGGCUGCUGCCCAACGGCUUGGCCAUCACCACCAAUGCCAGCAGAAAGUACAUCUUUGUGUCCCUCAUUUCCCGCGACAGCGUCUACGAUGUCCUGAGGAGAGUCUGCACGCACCUGCAGGUUUCAAGUAAGAAGAGCUUGAGUCUGAAGGAGCUGACGGAGGAGCCCGAUGCCGUGUCGCUGGAGGUGAUCGUCCCCGAGGGCAAGUGGAGGAAGAUGUCACCCGCAUCGCUGUCACUGUCUCUGCCGGACACCGACUACCAGUGCAUCCACCGGACUUCUGUCAGCAGCCUGAGUGCCAAGGAGAGCUCCUUCACCUCUGAGGAACCUCUGGUUUCGGAAAGUGCAAUCAACACCGAGGAGGAGCUGGAGGUGGAGCAGAGCUGUGUGGCGGAGCUGAGACCCUCGGACUACCAGCUCCUAAAGAUCUUCAUCGUGCUCAUCUGUCUCCUGGUCGUGUCCUCCUCGUACCUGGCAUUUCGCAUCUUCCGUCUGGAGCAGCAGCUCUGCUCGCUGAACCGGGACUACCUCUCCCGCGGGCACAGGAGGUGA